GGCAAGUUGUUUGUUUCACUGUUACCAGCUGCUGGACCAUUCCAAUCUCUGUCGGAGUGGAAACACGGGGGCCGACAGACCUCUCUUUUCUCCCUUCCCGUUUACCUCAUUGUGCUUUCUUUUAUUUCACCCUGCUUUUCUCUGUCUCCCUUUCCUUUAGUGGGUAACUUUUCCUUUGCACCCCCGUUCUCUUCUUUCUACGUUUCAGGGUUUUUCCUAGCUUCGCAUAUCCGAGCUCCAUUAUUUAUUUAUUUAUUUAUUCAUUCAUUUUAAAAUAGGAUCAUACAGUUAUAUUGUAGAUGUUCCACAAAUGAGAAGACGCAAAAGAUGGAGUUGCACAUUUUAGAACAUAGCUUGAAAGUAGCCAGUAUAGCUAAGGAGGGCAUCCAGAUUUGCACCCACGGAUUAAUCAAACUCGCCUUCCUGCCCUCUAGAACAAGGUGCAAAUUUUUUAGUCUUACAGAAACCCCAGAGGAUUACACCAUAAUCGUUGAUGAAGAUGGCUUUAAAGAGCUGCCACAGUCGGAGUUCCUUAGCGUUGCAGAGGCUACGUGGUUGGCUCUUAAUGUGGUAUCUGGAGGUGGCAGUGCCACCAAUUCUCAGCCAAUUGGAGUGACGAAAAUUGCCAAGUCUGUGAUCGCACCUUUGGCCGACCACAACAUCUCUGUGUUCAUGUUGUCUACCUACCAAACGGACUUCAUUUUGGUUCGAGAAAGAGAUUUACCCAUGGUCAUGCACACUUUGUCCUCCGAGUUCACUCUGCUUCGGGUUGUGAACGGAGAAACGGUAGCCGCCAACAGCACUGGGGUCACGAACGGUUUUGUCAAGCCAAAACUUGUACCACGGCCCAUCAUCCACCCCCUGUCCAGCCCUAGUAACAUGUUCUGUGUGACGAGCCUGGACCCCGACACGCUGCCCUCCGUGGCCACCCUGCUCAUGGACGUCAUGUUUUACUCCGGCGGGGUGAAAGAGUCAGGAGCAUCAGGGGAUGAUUCUGGACACAUCCGAUUCUUCUCAUUUUCCCUUAUAGAAGGCUACAUCUCUCUCGUAAUGGAUGAGCAGACUACUCGAAGGUUUCCCAACAAUGUCCUUUUUACCAGUGCUUCGGGAGAGCUUUGGAAAAUGGUCCGUAUCGGAGGUCAACCUUUAGGAUUUGAUGAAUGUGGUAUAGUUGCACAGAUAUCUGAACCUUUGGCAACAGCCGACAUUCCAGCCUACUAUAUUAGUACUUUCAAGUUUGACCAUGCCCUUGUCCCAGAAGAGAACAUCCAGAGUGUGAUCGGAGCCUUGAGGACCAAUGAGAGUGCAGGACACUGAAGGCCAAGCGAACGGAUGACCGUACCAUGUAUUUGCUGGCAUCGAUUUCUCAUUAUCUCAAACUCUUAAAAGUGCCAAGAGCUUACCAUUGGUCUGCUGUGG